AUGGAGGGGGUGUGGGAUCUUUGCACCGGGGAGUACACCUUCCCCACAUUUUUCGAAGAACGAAUUCUGCUCUCUGUCCCCGCCUUUAGAGAAGGCGACCGCUAUAACCCCACCUUCGUCAACAACCACAAGCGACAAUGGAAGGGAAUAUGCGCCAUAGCCACGGGAGUGAUACUCUCCUCCAUGGAGGAGCACUUGUUCUUACGCUAUGGGAAAUAUGAGGACCCGGCGCUUCUAUGGCAGGCGCUUCUUGAUGGGCACCAAGCCAGCCUUUACAGUAGUGACAAAUAUCUUUACUCGGAGCUGGUUGAGAACACUAGGUUACUUGAGGGGGAGCCUGUGGUUAGCUAUAUCAAUAGAGUCAACCACUUGCUUGAACAACUGCAUAGGAAGGCGUCAGCGGCGGAGGGUCUAUCGCUUAUGCUAGCGGGGCUAAUUCUCUAUGAUAUUUGGCAGGUGACCAAAGAUAAUAUAAAGGCCUAUGAGUCUCCCAGUAUCGACUCGGUAACCCCUGAGCUGGAAGAAUUUCAACACAAUUACCAAAGGUUCAUGAUCAACGAGCGACAGGCCAGAAUCUCAGAUAACGCUCCCAGGGGAAGUAGGAGGAACCGGCACAGAGAUAGACGCCAGUAG